CGGCCAAUAGGCGGGAGACUUCUUGUUUCCUGGCAGAGCGGGGUCCCGGCACCGCGGCGCUCCGGUUUUGUUUGGGUCCUGGGCGAAGGGCUCGGUGCCGGGGCCCAAGGUGCAGCCUCACUAGCUGGAAAGGUAGAGGGAUCACCGGCCCCGAGAGAGUUCUCAGGGCCAGAGUGGGGCAGGAGGAUGCUUUCCCAGCCCCACCAUGGAGCUGCGCUGUGGGGGAUUGCUGUUCAGUUCUCGCUUUGACUCAGGGAACCUAGCCCAUGUGGAGAAGGUGGAAUCUGUGUCUAGUGAUGGGGAAGGAGUAGGGGGUGGGGUUUCAGCCCCCACCAGCAGCAUUGCCUCUUCCCCUGACUACGAAUUCAACGUGUGGACCCGACCAGACUGUGCUGAAACGGAAUUUGAAAAUGGGAACAGGUCAUGGUUCUACUUCAGUGUCCGCGGGGGAACACCAGGGAAAGUCAUCAAAAUCAACAUUAUGAACAUGAACAAACAAAGCAAGCUGUAUUCCCAGGGCAUGGCCCCCUUUGUGCGCACAGUGCCCACUCGGCCACGCUGGGAACGCAUUCGAGACCGGCCCACAUUUGAGAUGACAGAGACACAGUUUGUGUUAUCCUUUGUUCACCGUUUUGUGGAGGGCCGUGGGGCCACCACCUUCUUCGCCUUCUGCUACCCCUUCUCGUACAGUGAUUGCCAGGAUUUGCUAAACCAGCUAGACCAGCGCUUUCUGGAGAACCAGCCUACCCAUAGCAGCCCCCUGGAUACCAUCUAUUACCACCGUGAGCUUCUCUGCUAUUCUUUGGAUGGACUUCGUGUAGAUCUGCUAACAAUCAGUUCUUGCCAUGGACUACGAGAAGACCGAGAGCCCCGUCUGGAGCAGCUGUUUCCUGAUACCAGCACCCCUCGACCAUUCCAUUUCAUUGGCAAGAGGAUAUUCUUCUUAAGCAGUAGGGUACACCCUGGGGAGACUCCAUCUAGCUUUGUCUUCAAUGGCUUUCUGGACUUCAUCCUUCGACCGGAUGACCCCCGAGCCCAAACCCUGCGUCGCCUCUUUGUCUUUAAGCUGAUUCCCAUGUUGAACCCUGAUGGUGUAGUCCGGGGCCACUACCGCACAGACUCCCGUGGAGUGAAUCUGAACCGUCAGUACCUGAAGCCUGAUGUGGUCCUGCACCCAGCCAUCUAUGGGGCUAAAGCUGUGCUACUCUACCACCAUGUGCACUCCCGUCUGAACUCCCAGAGCCCCUCUGAGCACCAGCACAGUCCCUGUCUCCCUCCUGAUGCUCUCCUUUCUGACCUGGAGAAAGCCAACAAUCUCCAGAAUGAAACUCACCUUGUGCCCCCAUCUGAUGGGGAGAACCCUGAGACCUGGAAACAGACAGACACAGCAGAACAGAAGCCCAACAGUGUGUGGAUUGUGCCACAGCAGUCUACCGAGGUUGAGGAGCCAGCCCUGGAGACCAUCCCCCCCAAGGAGAGUGGUGUUGCUUACUAUGUGGACCUGCAUGGACAUGCUUCUAAAAGGGGCUGCUUCAUGUAUGGCAACAGCUUUAGUGAUGAGAGCACCCAGGUAGAAAACAUGCUGUAUCCAAAACUCAUCUCCUUGAAUUCAGCUCACUUCGACUUCCAGGGCUGCAAUUUCUCAGAGAAGAACAUGUAUGCCCGAGACCGUAGAGAUGGCCAGUCUAAGGAGGGCAGUGGCCGUGUUGCUAUCUACAAAGCCUCAGGGAUAAUCCACAGCUAUACACUCGAAUGCAACUACAACACUGGACGUUCAGUAAACAGCAUCCCUGCUGCCUGUCAUGACAAUGGGCGUGCCAGCCCCCCUCCCCCACCGGCUUUCCCCUCCAGAUACACUGUGGAAUUGUUUGAGCAGGUGGGACGUGCUAUGGCCAUUGCAGCUCUGGACAUGGCAGAAUGUAACCCGUGGCCCCGAAUUGUGCUGUCAGAACACAGCAGCCUCACGAACCUACGGGCCUGGAUGCUAAAGCACGUGCGCAACAGCCGAGGCCUGAGCAGCACUGUGAAUGUGGGUGUCAACAAGAAGAGAGGCUCUCGAACCCCACCCAAAAGUAACAAUGGGUUGCCUGUUUCCUGCUCUGAAAACACCUUGAGCCGGGCACGGAGUUUUAGUACUGGCACAAGUGCUGGUGGCAGCAGCAGCAGCCAACCAAAUUCUCCACAGAUGAAGAACUCCCCCAGCUUUCCUUUUCAUGGCACUCGGCCAACAGGGCUGCCAGGCCUGGGCUUGAGCACCCAAAAGCUCAGCCACCGGGUACUGGGCCCCGUCAGAGAGCCCCGAUGUCAGGACAGGAGACGGCGGCAGCAGCCGUUGACCCAUCGCCCUACUGCAAGCAGCCUGGCCCCACCCCCAGCUCCCAUUAGUUCUGGUACAGGCUCCUCACGCAACAUGGGCUCCUGCUUACUGCCCAACUCACUCAGCAUAUCAGGGAGUAGCUGCUCAAUCCUGUCCUCAGGGGACAAGCCAGAGACUGUCAUGGUGAUUGGGAAAGGUCUGCUAGGGGCUGGACCACGGACCCCCUGCAUCAGGACCCGAAUGCAGGCUAGGCCCAGGUUGGGCCGGGGCUCACCGCCAACUCGCAGAGGGAUAAGAGGCUCUUCGGGCCCCACAUCCCCUACCCCUAGGACCAGUGAGCUGGAGCCAGGACCCCGCUGUGCUGCAUCAGGGCUGCCUCAGGUUGGGCCCCCACGGCCCCGCUCUGCCCCUGCCUUUUCUCCAAUUUCCUAUAGUCUAUCUGACGCCCAGUCCCGGAUUUAUUACAGUGGAGGGUCCUUGGGCCAACCUGAGGUGUGUUUUGUCUCUAAAUCCCCCCCACUCACUGUUUCUCCCCGGGUCUGAUAAUAGCCCCAAGCUAGGAGAACACAGUGAGAAAUGUGCUAGCCCCCUCCCUCAGCUGCUGAUUCCAUACAACACUAGUAACUCAACAGGACACCAGCCAUGCUACCCAAAGGAUAGCAGAAUACCACCUUAUUGAGUCAAAGCAGGGACCUGCCACCCUCCCCUCCUUCCACAGCACAAGAUUUUGGGACCACAAAAAAAUAUAUAUCUAUAUUUUUAUAUUGGGGGAGUAAAAAAGAAAGUAGCCCCUAUACUGGGCCCUAUUCAGUGGCAGCUUCUUGUUCCAUACAGUUAAGGAAGACUUUGAGGAAAUAAAAGUUGUUUGGAAAAAUCCA